AUGCUGCAGGUGUGCAAGCAGCUAGGCGUGGGAUUCCGAGCACACGUGAAAAGCCACAAGACGGUGGAGCUGUCGCGGCUGCAGGUUGGCGAGGACGGGGACGGGGCGGCCGAGUUUAUUGUGAGUACGGUUGUGGAAGCGGAGCAUCUCUUGGAGCUUGUGCGGGGGGCGCAAGAGGGGGGUAGGGAGGCGAGUAUCCUGUAUGGCGUCCCUGUCCCGCAAUCCGGGAUCCCGCGCCUCAUUUCCUUGGCUGAGAAACUAAAGCCACGGUCCAUUCAUGUCCUUAUCGACAACCGCGAAGCAUUCCUGAAAUUCGCCAAAUGCCUCCAUGUCUCAGGAAGCGAGGUGCAACUAGGUGUUUUUGUCAAGAUCGAUACAGGCUAUGAGCGCGCUGGUGUAAAGACGACUUCUCCGGCCUUUCCCUCGCUCGUUGAGACGAUCGUGGCGAAGAGCCAAGAACAAGGGUCAAAGUGCUUCUUCAAAGGCUUUUACAGCCACUUUGGCCACAGCUACGCCGGGUCGUCGGAGGAAGAUGCCGCAAAUGGGUUGAUCGAAGAGCUGGUCGGGCUGGAAGAAGCAACGAAAGCUGUGCCAGCAAGCUUCGAUGGCAAGCUUGUACUGAGCGCAGGUGCGACGCCUACUGCGACAGCGGCACAGAAUAUGAUUUGCAGCUCUUCGUCUCCACGUGUUCAAGAGUUUCAGGCAGUGCUGUCUCGGCUUCAAGAGCGGCAUCGGGUUGAGUUGCAUGCGGGCGUGUACCCACUGCUCGACUGUCAGCAAGUUGCUACACAUGCGAGGCCGCCCACUUCAUCUACCCCCGUGACAUCAGCAUUUCAGCCACUCGGCAAGUCCAACAUCGGCAUCCGGAUGCUGGUUGAGGUAACGAGUGUAUACAAGGAGCGAUCGAAACCCGAGGCCCUCGUUUCCGCCGGUUCGCUCGCCAUGGGGCGCGAGCCAUGCAAAUCCUACCCAGGAUGGGGUAUUGUGACGCCUGCGCUGGGCAACUCUUCCGCCAGGCACAUUUACGACGAGCAAGACGGCAGGACAGGAUGGAUUGUUGGGCGAAUUAGCCAGGAACAUGGCAUUUUGACAUGGGAGGGCGAUACGAGGGAGUGCAAUGAGCUGACAAUUGGAGACAAGAUCAUGGUGUGGCCGAAUCAUGCAUGCGUGGCGGGGGCAGGGUUUGGGUGGUAUCUUAUCGUCGACUCGGAUCAGGGUGGUGAGACUGUGGUUGAUGUGUGGGUGCGAUGGCGGGGGUGGUAG